AUGAAUCAAAAUGUGUCCGACGCACCCCAAUCGAAUAUUAACUUGUUAAGUCGACGCGGCGCCGAGGCGACCGACGGCAUUGUGUCGCAAAUUGCUGCCAAAUUGGGAACAGAAUCGCAACUCCAUUUAGCCCAGGCUGCACCUGAUUGGUUGACACGCCUCCCGCGCCUCCCAAGAAAUGAAAUUAUGCACUCCGCAAGAGUUGCGAAGCCGUAUUUAAGCUGUCAACGAGGUAAUGAAAUUGCUGACUGUCCGAUUCUUUAG